GACCAAACGCACUCUUCGUUCUCUCCUUGCCAAUGUGCUGUUCCCAUCGCGCGCGCUGGAGAAACCCUAGAUCUCUUCGCACCGAUCGGAACCCGGAUCAUUCCCUGUGGUUCUAGUAUUUUUUGAGAGGAUGGGAUCGUCCCAGAAGAAGAUCCCUUUCCACAGACACAGGGAAGCCGAAGAGGCCAGGAAGAAGAGGGAGGAGGAUGAAGCUGCUCGUGUGUAUGCCGAGUUUGUAGAGUCUUUUAAGGCCGACGGCACUCCUGGCUCGAAGGCUUUUGUCAGAGGAGGAGUUAUGGAUCCGAAUGAGAAGCUGAAGGCCGAUUCAGAAGGUGGAAAGUCCAAAGAUGGGGCAUCUGUUCCAAAGAAGGGAAGUAGGUAUGUCCCAUCUUUCUUGCCACCGGCAUCUCAAGGAAGAGAUGCUGAGAAAAAGAACGAGGAGGAGAAGCCAAGGGAGAAGGAGAAAGGAAAAACACGAGCCAUUGAUAAGUUCUUGGAGGAGUUGAAGUUUGAACAAGAAUUAAGGGAGAAGCGUAAUCAAGAUCGUGAACACUGGCGAGAAGGUCGCCACAAUGAUAAUUCUGUUCCACCUAGCCGUUUUGAUGAGCUACCAGAUGAUUUUGAUCCAAGUGGAAAGUUUCCAGGGUCGUUUGAUGAUGGGGAUCCUCAAACUACAAACUUGUAUGUUGGGAACCUCUCGCCAAAGGUGGAUGAAAAUUUUCUUUUGAGAACAUUUGGGAGGUUUGGGCCCAUUGCUAGUGUGAAGAUAAUGUGGCCUCGAACUGAAGAGGAACGGAGGAGGCAAAGAAAUUGUGGUUUUGUUGCUUUCAUGAACAGAGCUGAUGGACAAGCUGCCAAGGAUGAAAUGCAAGGUGUAGUUGUUUAUGAAUAUGAGUUGAAGAUUGGGUGGGGUAAAUCUGUGGCUCUUCCGGCACAGGCACUACCUGCUCCCCCGCCUGGUCACAUGGCCAUCAGAAAUAAGGAGGGUGGUACUGUGAUUAUAUCUGGCCCUGAUGGUGCACCAGUUAGUUCUGUUACCAAUCAAAACUCCGAGCUGGUGCUUACUCCAAAUGUCCCGGAUAUAGUAGUUGUAACUCCAGAUGAUGAUCACCUACAACAUGUGAUUGACACAAUGGCAUUGCAUGUUCUUGAUGGUGGAUGUGCUUUUGAGCAAGCUGUAAUGGAGAGGGGCCGUGGAAAUCCACUUUUUAACUUCUUAUUUGAUCUUAGAUCAACAGAGCAUACGUAUUAUGUCUGGAGGCUUUACUCCUUCGCUCAGGGUGAUACCCUUCAGCGAUGGCGAACAGAGCCCUUCAUCAUGAUUACAGGUAGUGGGAGGUGGAUUCCGCCUUCUUUGCCACCUAGUCGAAGUCCUGAGCAUGAGAAAGAGUCUACUUUUGCAGCUGGUAGAAGCAGGCGUGUGGAAUUGGAGCGAACAUUGACAGACGCACAGCGAGAUGAAUUUGAGGAUAUGUUGCGGGCCUUGACUUUAGAGAGGAGUCAGAUAAAAGAAGCUAUGGGGUUUGCCUUGGAUAAUGCUGAUGCAGCUGGUGAGAUAGUUGAGGUUCUUACUGAGUCUUUGACACUCAAAGAGACACCUAUACCAACCAAGGUUGCAAGACUGAUGCUGGUAUCUGACAUUCUGCAUAACAGUAGUGCCCCAGUGAAGAAUGCUUCUGCCUAUCGUACAAAGUUUGAGGCAACCCUGCCCGACAUAAUGGAGAGCUUCAAUGAUUUGUAUCGCAGCAUCACUGGACGGAUCACUGCUGAAGCUCUGAAGGAAAGGGUUGUUAAAGUUCUUCAAGUAUGGGCAGACUGGUUUCUCUUUUCAGAUGCAUAUUUGAAUGGGCUGCGAGCAACUUUCCUUCGAUCUAGCAAUUCAGGUGUCAUCCUCUUCCAUUCGAUAUGUGGUGAUGCACCAGAGGUUCAAAAUAAAACAGGCUAUGAAGAUGCUCCUUAUGAUGGGAGUAAGCUUAACCAAGAUGGUGAAUUGGCAAUGGGAAGGGCAGCAGCCAUGAAGGAGCUAUUAGGUCUUCCAAUUGCUGAACUAGAAAGGCGCUGCAGACACAAUGGUCUGUCACUGUGUGGUGGAAGAGAGAUGAUGGUUGCCAGAUUGCUUUAUCUGGAAGAAGCAGAACGGGAGCGAGGCUAUGACCGCGAUGAUGAUCUAAAAUAUGGACAAAGCCAUUUAUAUAAAUAUCCAAGAGAUGAGGGCGGCUGGAAUGCCCGUAAUGCUGGGCAUAGGGAACCUAACCUCGAAACAGAAUCAUUGGGCCCAGCUGGAUCAAGUCAGUAUGGUGGUGAAGUGAGUGGAGUACAUGGAAAAGGUUCUGUCUCACCUGAGCAUGAGGCAGUUACGAACAAGAAAGGAAGAUCUGAUCCAGUUUUACCAGCAUCUAAAUGGAGCCGAGAGGAUGAUGGUAGUGAUGAUGAAGACAAGAGAAGUCCUCCAGGUUUGGGAUUAAGUUAUUCAUCUGGGAGUGAAGAUGCCAGUAAUCUUGGAAUGGCUGAUGAGUUAGAUGCCACUACAGAUGCGGGCAUUCAUACUCACUCUGACAAUGUUAUGAAUGAAGAAUAUAGACAGAAACUAAGGCAUCUAGAAGUUGCUGUAAUGGAAUACCGUGAAUCUCUUGAGGAACAGGGCUAUCGAAGUAGAGAUGAGAUUGAAAAGAAGGUUGCACUUCAUCGAAGACGACUACAAUUAGAAUUUGGUUUAUCUGAUUCUACUGAUGAUUCAGGGAUCAACAAGCAUCCAUCUGAAAGGACAUCUAUGGAGAGGAAGGAGAGACCUGAUGCUGGUGAUAGUGCAAGGAAGCGCCGUCGCAGUCAUAGUCGAAGCCGCAGUCCACAGAGGAUGUGGUCAGACAGGGAUCGAGAUAGGCACCGUGACAGAGAGAGGUCACAUGAGAAAGAGAGUGGGAGAGAGAGGUCACGCGAGAAGAGUGGGAGUAGAGAGAAGGAUGAUCAUCAUGAUAAGGAUAGGAGCAGAGAAAGGGACAAGGAUAGGAGGAGAAAGGGAAAAUAAACACUGCAGGGAGUAGGAUUUGGGUUUUAAGGUCACAGAGUUGCUUCGAGCGGGGUGUUCAGAUGUUUGCCUCAAAUUCCAGUUGAGAGUGCCUGAAACUGCAAGCUUUCUGAAAUCUGAGUUUAUUGAUUUGGGCUCUAGGAAGUUGAAGGCCGCAACUCUAUCAACAUGAAAAGCGAAGCACCUAAAGUGAGUUAGAUAUUGUAAGAUCUUAUUUUGGAUAUGGGCUCUCUUUCAAACAAAAUGAGCUUUCUCGGGUGAGAGGGGAGUAGGGUCUUGAGGUCCUGUGAGAUUGUAAGAAAUUUCUGCUGCUUAAAGUAGUGGUGCAAAUGAAAAGAAAUCCUUAUUAUUUUAAAGCAAAACCAUUGUGGAGGAACUGAUGUCCUUUUCAUGAAGGUAAAUCAUUUUUUGCUUA